AAAAAUAAAAAAUGAAAACUUGUGAGUCGCGAUUCGUGACUGUACACUGGCAACGUCACCGUUUCGAAAAGCGAAUAGGGAGCGGGUAGGUGGCGCCCAAAAUUAACGGUUAUAAAUUGAUCCAAAUGAAAGCUCAUGAGUCGCGCCUCCGAUCUGCUCUGCUGAAUUGUUGAUUUGAAUAUCUUCGGGAAGAAAAAUUUUGGAGCUCCAAACUCACGCCGGAGAAGAUUAAAAUGGCGGAAUCGAGCAGUGUACAAGUGAACGGAAUGCAAUUUGGGUAUGAUAUCCAGACGCCGUUGUUUUUCGAUUUCACCAUCAACAUCUCUUCCGGAUCUCGUUGCCUUCUUGUCGGAUCCAACGGCUCCGGGAAGACGACUUUGUUAAAGAUUUUAGCUGGAAAACAUAUGGUUGGCGGAAGGGAUGUGGUACGAGUGCUAAAUUUGUCAGCGUUUCACGACACGAAUCUGGUUUGCGGUGGUGAUUUGGCUUAUCUUGGAGAUUCUUGGAGUAGAACUGUCGGUUCUGCUGGAGAGAUUCCACUUCAGGGAGAUUUUUCUGCUGAGCAUAUGAUUUUUGGAGUUGAAGGAGUAGAUCCUAUUAGGCGAGAGAAGCUGAUUGAACUUCUAGAUAUUGACCUCAAUUGGCGUAUGCAUAAGGUUUCUGAUGGUCAGCGACGUCGUGUUCAGAUUUGCAUGGGCCUUCUUCACCCGUUCAAGGUUCUUUUGUUAGAUGAGGUUACUGUUGAUCUGGAUGUUGUUGCAAGGAUGGAUCUACUUGAAUUUUUUAAAGAAGAAUGUGAAGAGGUUUGCACUUUUAUUUUUUUUUAUGCUCAUUGGUUGCAGUCACCAUGGUGCUACUUCUUUUUGUUGUCUGUGCUAUGGGUGGAUUAUAUUACAUUAUGAAACUUUUUUGAGAUUCCUUUUCCUCAUUGGCUAAGUGCAAUGUCCCAAAAUCAUGGGUACUUGAGGGUAGGAUCUUGUUGGUUGAGAAUAUUGAAAGAUCAAAAUCAUGCUUGAAUGGCAAAAAUAAUUGCUUGUUUGGAUAUUGUUGUUGUGAAGUUAAAUGCACAAUUGUGGAUAACUACCAUUGACUUCUCAUCUUUGUAUGCAUUGCAACAGAGAGGAGCUACAAUCGUUUAUGCAACACACAUCUUCGAUGGACUGGAGACAUGGGCAACAGAUCUUGUAUACAUCCAGGAGGGGACACUGAGGAAGCACGAGAAGUUAUCUGACCUUUCAGAAUUGAAGGCUUCCCCAAAUUUACUCUCGGUGGUGGAAACUUGGCUUCGGUCUGAAACUAAGAUAGAGAAGAAGAAACUUGUAAAUAAUCCAGCUCAAGUUCAAAAGUCUUCUCCAUUUGAUGCCUCUCCAUUUAGGUCAUCCAGACAUAUGGCGUACUAUAGGUAAACUUCCAGGGGGUACAAGGUGGAAUUUUUUGUUGGAAUAGAGUUCAUUUUCAUGUUCGCUUCUGAACGAAAGGAAAGGAGCACUUUGGACUAUUGCAGCACAACUGUUGCAGUUUUUCGAAUUACAGUUACUGAGCACACUUAGGAAGUCUCCCUUGCGAAUUUAUAGAGCUGGGGGCAGACUGGUAAGGAGAAGCUAUAUGUGUCCUUUUGUAUAUUUCAGAACAUGUGUUUCGAGUUAGCAGGUUCCACUAUAAUUACUGGACUUUAUCAGAAUCGAACAAGAUUGCUGUACUAGGUAUUCAAACUGGUGAAGAUUGAAUAUCCGGGAGGCAAUCCAGUCAGUCUUCAAGAGUUUAAAGAAUACGAACUAUACAUUCGAUUUUUGUAAUAAACACAGAUGACGGAAAACUAGGUGCAGUCACUUGGUUCAUAUUGUAAUAUUUUCACAACACAGUUACUUUCUUCUAGUAAUCAAUACAAUUUUUUUGGUCUUGGCAUUUACUUUAUACUGUAUAAUAUUGCCAAGGCAGUCAGG